AUGUCGCUGAAGAAGUUCGUCAUGUCUGGUAUUCAGGACGUACUGGAAAAUAAAUUGCUCCAAGGCAAUCGCGGUCAGCAGCAACAGCAACAACCACAAGACCACGGGUCCACCAUGAAUCAAGGACAUUACGGUAAUCAGAGUGGCGGCUACACUCCACCAACUGGACCAGGAAACGCUGGCUAUAACGCUUACGAUCAACAAGGAGGUUAUCCGCAACAAGGAGGUGGAUACCAACAUCCAGGCGGCUAUCCCAAUGAUCCACCACAGCAAGGUGGAUAUCCUCCACCGGGAGGAUAUCCACCUCAGUCAGGAGGAUAUCCUCCACCGGGAGGAUAUCCACCUCAGUCAGGAGGAUAUCCUCCGCAAUCAGGCUAUCCUCAAGGUGGACCUCAGGAAAUAGCCACAACCAGCCGGUUAUGCCAACCCAAUCAAGCCGAUCCAACACCACCAAUUGGCAGUUCAAUCACCGAUAUCAGAUCGUCAGCUCAGCCAUAUCCACCACAACGUCGGUAUGGGCAAUAG